CAUCCUCAUGACGCUCCCAGCAAUAGUGGCGACGCCGCUCCAUCAACGCCUACUAUCUCUCCUCGUGUCCCACAAACGCCAGAUCACAAGGAUACUCCAAGGAAGCUCAUCCAUCGCUCCUCUACGAGCGUGAACCAGUCUCCGAAGCCCAAUGUGCUCCUCACUUUCGAGUUGUUACACUCUGUAAUAUCCGCUGAUCGUACGUCUUCGUCGCAGGCUAUGCAGCCACCUCCCUCGCCUACGAAGCGUGCGGAUAGGUAUAGUCCAGCGUCUAGUUCCGUUCCUACUCCUCUCUCUAGGCAAGACACGACAGAUACCAGGGGCUCUCAACGCUCUGCAGACGGCGAAUCCAGUACUCAAGUGGGUUCUCCAGGACUGGAUAGACAUGAGCGUAAUGGUCACGCAGGUGAGCUCACGGAAAGCCCGAGCUUGAUAUCUGCGAAGCUUCCCCCUGUCGAUCCCAAGGACGACACACGGCUGCGAGAUUCUUCUUGGGCUACCCGGAAUGGCUAUGAGGACAGAAAUCGACUAGGACCUCUUGCCUCUCGAUCUGAUGCUCGCAACGGUAGCAACCCCGUUGUAGUAAACGAAGAUCGUGGACUGCCACAAAGGGACCAGAGGCCAUUUGAAAGGGAGAGAGAACGCGAGCGGGAGAGGGACCGAGACCGUAGCAGGGAGAGAGAACACGAGCGGGAUGCUGACCGCGAUCGGAGGCUGGACCACGGCCGGUUCAGAGACAGAGAGGAUCGCAAGGACGACAGGCGCAUCGAAGACCGCGCUCGUCCAUCAGAUGAUCGUAGGCCACCUAAUGGAACGCGAUAUGAGCCUCGUCAUCCUCUCCGACGGUACGAUUCCAAGGCGUCCGAAAGCUCGUUGAAUCCUGGAAGGCGUGAUGACCGAGGCCCUCCUGAAACUCGGCCGCCUCCUCGGAACCUGGGAGAAGAACGUGCUAUUGUCCGGCCGCCAUUGAAUGCUGCUGCUCUUCCUCCCCGAUCGGUCUCCGAGGAACGUCGUGCUCCUCCGCCAUCAGGCGUUGAUAACCGUGCUGCUCGGCCUCCUCUACCCAUCAUUGACGACCGAAGACCCCUUCGUAGCCCAGAGCGUCCUUCGCCUAGAGUCAUUGAUGGCCAUCGGUCUCCUCCUGUAUUGCUUGACCGUCCGGGAAGGCCUGAUGAUAGGCGCCUUCCACCUCUUCCAGCGACCGAUCGUCCGGCUGUGAUUGUGGAUGACCGUCGCCGCCCACCUUCGCCUGCUGCAAUCGAUAGGGCUCCUCCUAGGUCUCUGGACGACCGCCUUGCACCCAUCUCUGUUCCUGCUGCUUUGCCGUCUGACCGACAAGUGAGGCCUGGUGACGAGCAUCGUCCCUCUGUUCCUGCUGUGCCUGGUGAUCGACCACCAUUUGCAGCUGUGAGCGAGGACAGACGCCCGCCUGCCCCUACUUCGGCUCCUGCGGACCGGCCACGACCUGGAGAGGAUCGCCGACCUGUUCUGGAGGAGCGUGUCGCUCACCCGCAUGUCCCUGCUCCUAUCGACUCUCUGCCUGCUCGGCCACCUGCAGAGGAUCGUGGCCCCCGUCCUGUCCAUCCUAUUGAUAGAAGUACUAGACCCGCUUUGCCUCUAGAGGAGAGGAUUAGUCGUACUCCGCUGCAAGAAAGGCUUGGUAAGCCCGCUGCUCCCCCAAGACCAGAUGACAGACCUGCGCCGCGACUGGAAGAGCGGCUGAGUCGUUCGGGCAAUGGUCCACCUUCCCUGGAGGAACGGCUCUCUAAUCCUCCUGCUGCCGACAGCCGCCCGCCACGUCCUCUUGAUGACCGACCUCUUCGACCUCCGCCAUCUCUCGAGAGGCCUGUUGGACGUCUUGAUGAUCGCACUGUUCUUGCUGAACCUGCGCGCACUGCUGCUCUGAGCGAGCGUCCCCCUCCACAUCACGAUGACCGUCACUUUCCUCAGCCAGGUCGUUUCGCUCGUCCUGCGAGUCCUGCUCUCAGCGAUCGCGGUCAUCCACCUUCUCGACCUCCCUAUCGCGCAGCCUCUAUAGCUCGUGACGAACCGUCACGUUCAUUCAGGCCUAUAUCUCCCAUGCCUGCACGUCCACCUUCCCGCUCUGACGUCCGUGACUUCCGGCCUGAUCCCAGGGACAGAGAUCGUGUAGAAUCCCGUGCCCCGUAUCGCCCUGAUCUGGAAAGGUAUCCGCCUGAACGUCGACCCUCGGAUCUGAUGGACGUCGAUCCUCCACCUAGGUUCAGCGACACCCGUCCGCCUUACCGACGACCUUCGCCACCGCCUGCCGCUUCUUAUCCACCUCGUGCGGGAGAGCGCGAUAGGACUUGGGUCCCUGCUGGUGAAGCUCCUGCUUAUAGGGAUCCGGAACCUAGCUCCAGGCCGCCUGCGGAUCCUCUCAGCUAUCCUCCGCGCGAAUGGCGCGACUCGGAGCGGCGACCAUACGGGGACGACCUUCAGGAUCGUUCUUGGGACAGGUCGAGGGAGUACGAGCGGGAGAGUCGCUUCCCGGACCGCGAUGCUCCGCCUCCGGCUUGGGAAACACGUGAAGAGCGCGAGCGUAGGGGAACGUACCCGGCUCCUGCGGACUUGCCCCCGCCAGCCCGAUCGGGAUACGUCAGGGACGAUCGUGCACCGGCACGGUAUCCGCCCGUCGAGCCGCCAAGCUCGUACUCGCGCGUCCGCCCGCGCAGCCCAAGCCCAGGUCCGCUGCGGAGGGGUACGGCAGGCGACGAUCUGCGCCCGCCGCUCAAGCGCCCCCGGGACAGUUCCUACCCCCCGCCUGCGAGUGGAGGGUACUAUCCUCCUGCAGACCGCGAUGAGCCUCGAGGACCCCCACCGUCGGACUACCCGCCGUGCCUGCGCACGCCCCCGCCCGCGAGCGGUGGGUACUACGACGACCCGAGGUACAACACGAGUCCGGGGCGCGACAGGGACUAUAUCGACUCUAGGGAUCGGGACCCGGGCUAUGGGUACGAAAGGCGCGAUCCCCCAGGUAGGAUGCCGCCGUCGAGGUCGCCCCCGCCGUAUGGGAGGCCCCCUGCAUACGGGAGGGACGAUAGGCGUUACAGCAUCCCUCCGCGCGGUUGAUCUUUAAUCAGUUGAGGAUCGGGCGGCGUCUCAUAAGGCUUUCUCAUCUGUCGAUCAAGUCUGCAUCAUUUUCCGCGAAACGCACACGAACAAGGAUUGCGGAAGACAUGAACGUUGUAUGUACACUCUCGCCGUUUUCCGUUUGUGAACUGUGCCUAUCUUGCUUUGCUGUGCAUGUAUGUGUUUGGUUAUGUCACGAUGCAAUGUCUCUGUCAUCUCUCUUCAUCUAUCAUCUACCAGCACCUUGUGCAGAUGCUUGGAUCUAU